GUCUGCCAGCCCUCGGGUUGGGUCACAGAGCUGUUUUGUUCAGGGCGAGUGCUCCGGGUAGAGUCCAACCCCCCCACCCCCCGCCCUGCCCCCCAAGAAGAAGCUGUAGAGCGACUCAAUGUGACGCCAGGCAGCUCCUCUGAGCCCUGACGGGGGCUUUCAGGCUACGUGCAGGGAGAGCAGGCAGCUGAAUGCUCUCCACCACAAAGCCCAACUGGCCGGCUCUGAUCCAAAAAGCUCUUUAGCCCACACUCUGCCCACUUCCCUAAGCCUCAAGCAGUGCUGGGUUUCUUCCCCCCACACCCCCCACGGUGCCUAAAUGGCAGCUGAACACUUGGAGGAGUCAGACUCGGCCUCUUCGAAAACGCAGGGGAGGGAGUGUGGGGUGUGUUUGUGCCGAGCUCCACCUCUGGCCAUGGGCCAAGCACCAACUGCAACAGUUCCUGUCACUGUUUCUGGGGGUGGGUUUUUUAGGUAAAAGAUGUUAAUGAACCUCAUCUGAAAGCAAAUCAGUUGUGUCCAGCACAAGCUGCAGUCACCCUGCUGGCCACUCUCAUGUUGUGGGGCUCAGAAAGCCACCCAGGGCAGCAUCAGACUCCUGAGUCUGAAAUGGACAGGGUACCUGUGAGGCUGGUUCCUGCCUUUAAAUCUCCCCCAGUCAAUACCUUAAACAGCCCAGUCUUCUGCAGGCCUGUUGCUGGGAUCAUGUUGCAGCUGACACCAAGCUGGGUGCAAGUGUGGGUCUGCUUGAGGGCAGGGAAGCUUUACAGAGAGAUCCAGACAGGCUGCAUGGCUGAGCCAAGGCCAGUGCCAUGAGUGUCAGUAAGGCCAAGGGCUGGGUCCUGCCCUUGGGCCACAACAACAAGGCCUGGGGAGGAGUGGCUGGAAGCUGCCAGGCACAGAGUGUUGGUUGGCAGCAGCUGAACAGGAGCCAGCAGCGUGCCCAGGUGGGCAAGAGGCCAAGGGCAUCCUGGCCUGGCUCAACAACAGCAGGAGCAGGGAGCUGAUCAUUGCCCUGGACUUGGCUUUGCUGAGGCUGCACCUACAAUACUGUGCCCAGGUCUGGGCCCCUCUCUACAAGGACAUGGAGGUGCUGGAGAGGAUCCAGAGGCAGCUGCCAAGCUGGGAAAGGAUUUGGAGCAUGUCUGAGAUGAGGAAGGGCUGAGGGAUCUGGGGCUGUUGAGCCUGGGGAAAAGGAGGCUCAGGGGAGACCUUCUCACUCUCUACAGCAACCUGAAAGGCAGCUGCAGUGAGGUGAGGGUUUGUCUGUUCUCCCUAGGAACAAGCAAUAGAAGAGGAAAAGGCCUCAAGUGUCAGCAGGGGAGGUUCAGGCUGGGUGUGAGGAGGAAUCUCUUGGCUGCCAGGGCUGUCAGGCAUUGGAAGGGGCUGCCCAGGGAGCUGCUGGAGUCACCGUCCCUGGAGGGGUUUCAGAGCUGGGUGGGUGCUGCACUGAGGGCAAUGGCCUGGUGGGUGAUGGGGCUGGGACAGAGGCUGCACCCCAUGGGCUGGAAGAUCCCUUCCAGCUGAAACCACUCUGUGAUGAUUCAAACCUUUGCCCAGGGCUGGUGCUGCAAAUGGAAGCUGCUUGGGGAGAUUUUGUUGGAUGUGAUGUUCUUUGUGCCAGAUUCUGAAGGAACCAGGGUCAGAAGCAGGCUUUACACCUCACUUAAACCCCUGCAGCCUCACCUCUCCUUCCAGCCUGGCUUCCUUCAGGCUUCUCUUAUUGCUCUCUGAUAAAAUCUGCCCAGAUCAGAACUGUGGAUGCUUUUUCCCCCCUUCCUAAGGGUUCAGCUGCAGAUGUCUCAGCUUGUGCAUCUCCCAUCCCCUGUUCCUUUUGUGUGCUUGAGUGCUAAAGGCAGACCUGUCUUACUUCAGGCUUAACACUUUGCUUGUGGCCUCAGGGCUUUACUUGUGGCCUGAGCUCUGCAGCUCCACUGUGGUCUUAGAGGCUGGGCCUUUGAAAGUCUGGCAACUGAACUCAGAGCUCUGGAGUUCAGAGGAUGUUUGGGACAAAUGAGUGGGGCAAAGGGUGAGGCCACACUGUGUCCUCUGGGUGAGACCUUGUUCUGUCAGUCCUGUGCCUGGCAUUGCUGUCAUCCUUCACACACAGACACACAGGCCCAGGCUGACCCCUCCUGCCUGUAGUUGAGCAAAGCUGAACCAAGUUUGGGUUUGGACAGGAGACCUCCCAGGAGAGUUUGCUUGCUGUGCCUGCAGUUUCUCUUAUACUGGAGUCAGUCUUGAGCCUUCUGGUUCUGGGGGUGAGAAGCUGUGGGGAUUCCAGCUUUGAAUGGAAGAAAAGCAAGUUGUUUGGUCAGGACUGAAGCCUUUGGCAGUUUGCUGCAGAGUAUCCUGGCCAGAUUCCAACCUGGGUGAUGCCACUGAGCUGCCUGAACACGAGCGGCGGCGGCUGCUGCGUGUCACCCCCGGGCCAAGGGGUUUCCACACGUGGGGUUCAACUCCUCAGGGUCAAGCAGAAUAAAAAGCACUUGCAGAAGUGUCCCUUGAACCCUCCCAGCUUGUUGUCAGUCUGCUGUCACCUUCCAGCUGCUGGAGUGGCUGAGCUCUCUGCCAGCGUGGUUCUUAUCACACAUCCACCCUCCCGCACGUCCAGCAAGGAAAGAAACACAAUGAGGGAUAGAGAGGUCACCAAGGGACAGCCCAGGUUGUGUUUGUUAGAGGUGGAACCGCUGUCACAGUGCUCUUGAGGCUGGUCUGUGCUUGGUGGUUGGCUUUCAGAAAGGCUUGAGGGAUCCUUUAGCCCAGAGAAGCGUUGAGGUGAGAUGGAGGAGGCAGCGUGGAGGCGCCUUCCCUGUCACACCCCAGUGUGUAACAGGCUUUGUCCUCUCUCUCUGGCAACCCCCUGCUUUGUUUUGCACCCAGAUUUCCUUGCUGAUGUCUGGGAUAUGUGCCCCAGAACUGUGCAGGUUCUCAGGAGGCCACUGUGCCUCCCUGGGGUAGGAAUGUGCCACCUGCUUGGGAGCAGGAGGAUGUUACGUGUGUUACAGCUUACUUCUGUUCUACUUUCAACCUAGAUAAAGCAUGAAGACUGUCUGUACCAUUUUGAUUACCUCUUCUAGGGUUCAAAGAGAGAACCAUUUCCCCUGACCUCCAUUUGCUAAUGGCUCAGCUUGAUCUAACUGGCACACAGCUAAACUGGCUGCUAAACACAAACCCCGGUAGGAAGAACCAGCUCCAUGUCCGAAAGCCCUUUAGACCUGCUGCUGUGGGUGGCUUUGUGUGACCAUCUGAGGGCUGAACGACCAGAGCUGCUCCCCAGAAGCUCCUGUGUGCCUGGACAAUGCUGCCAUCCUCUUGAGAGAUGAGACCAAGGAGCCUUCAUGAUGCCAGCUCUGCAAGCCGCAGCCAGGAGAGCCCUGUGGCCUGAGCCUCGCGCUUUGUCUCCAGAGUGACCUUCGUUAAGCCACUCCCAGCCCUUGCCACAGCCUUUGCUGCUGGGAUUCAGACCACCCUUAGCCACGGGACUCCUCUGGAAACCACUCACUUUGGGUUUCCCACCCCCCCCCUCUCCCCACACUCUGUUUUACUCAACGACUGUUAAGAGGACUGUUAGUGGAAUAAGCAAAGCCAAUCCUCCCAGGGUUUCACUCGAGCAGCUGUAGCCCCAGAAUGCCUUACCACCGCCUGGCCCCUCCUGCAACUCCACCUCAACUUUCUCCUCACUUAGGCACCACCUUCACUUCCCCCCGAGCUGACUUUUAGGGACCUUCUCCAGCACAUGCCCAUCCUCCUCCAACGACUCCAGCGCCUGGAAGGUGCCUUUCGGCUUUGGAGAGCUUCCCUGGGCGGCCGCCGCCCCCAGGCGGAGCAGCCCAUGAGCGCAUCCCCGGGGCUGCCCCGCUGACGGGAGGGAUGGCGGCGGCAGCGCGGCCGGGAGCUCCCCCCGUCCGCCUCUGGGUGCGACGCGUCGGGGUUUACUGCGACGAGCACCGCAAGACCUGGCUGGUGGCCGCGGAAGAGGAGGAAGGUAUGCUGAGGGCUCGGAUCCAAAGAGUUCAGGUUCCCCUGGGUGAGGCGUUGCGACCCAGCCAGCUCCCCCCAUCCCGGCUGCCGCACAUGUGGCAGCUGUCCCAGGGUGAGCAGUACAGGGAUAGUAACUCUCGCGUUUGGGAGAUAGAGCACCAUCUCAUGCUCGGUGGUGUUGAAGAACUGCUGCUUAAGCUCGUGCCUGGGGAUUAAGCUGGAGCAGUGGCUCUAGGAAGAGCUUCCCUUGUGUGUUUGGUACAAUAAAUGGUUCUCUCUCCAUUGAAACGCGGCCACCUCUGGGGUGGA